AUGGUGGAAAUUAGACAGACCAUAGAAGAUGUCACUGCGGUGGCCCGGGGCGAGACAACCCGAGGCUGCCUCAGAUUGACGGACUACCACAUCAUCUUUACCGCCCCCCCUCUCAAAACCGAAGCGGCCGAAAACGGCGCCAAAGAGCGCCCCCGAGAAUCAUGGGUCGCAUACCCCAUGAUUGCGUCCUGCGAGUAUCGACCGACUCCUCCGAACUCCGGACGAGAAUCUAGCAUCCGUCUUCGCUGUCGCGACUUCUACUUCGUCCUGUUCCACUUUCACGACCACAAGGAAGCUCAGGACGCCUUCAACCUCAUAAAAACUCGCUCGUGUCGGCUCGGUAGCAUAGACAAGCUGCAUGCCUUCAACUACCAUGCGCCAAAGCAGGAGCGCGGCAUAAAUGGGUGGCACUUGUACGACGCCAAAGCCGAGUUCCGGCGCCAGGGCAUUGGCGGCAAGCUACAGGACAAAGGCUGGAGGGUCUCUGACUUGAACGCCGACUACAGCUUCUCUCCUACAUACCCAUCUGUUCUCGUGGUCCCUAACAAGAUUUCCGACGCGACUCUGAAGUAUGCUGCCUCUCACCGCACUCGAUCCCGCGUGCCCACCUUGUCAUACCUGCACCCCAUCAACAACUGCUCCAUCACUCGGAGCUCCCAGCCCAGGGUGGGCAUCACCGGAAACCGCAACCGUCAAGAUGAAGCCCUGGUCGAGGCCUGCUUCUCGAAUCCUUACAUCCAGGAGGCGCCGCCCUCCUUGAGCGCCGACGCCAGUCCCUCGGGCAGCCAGCCUGGUCUUUCGGAGAAUGCUGACCUCGGCUCCGCCGAUCCAGACCCCACAGAGCCAGAGCUGCUGUCAGCUGGUGACGCUUUCCACGACGAGAAGGGAAAAAGGAUCAUCUUUGGGGCCCAGCAGCACAACUUGAUCAUUGAUGCUCGACCUGCCAUCAAUUCGAUGGCCAUGCAGGUCGUGGGCAAGGGCUCUGAGAACAUGGAUUAUUACAAAUUUGCGACGAAGGCAUAUUUGAACAUCCAAAACAUUCACGUCAUGAGAAACAGCCUGAACAAGGUCAUCAGCGCCCUCAAGGAUGGAGACAUCUCUAACGGGCCGCCCAGCCAGGACCUCCUUGCCAAGAGUGACUGGUUGAAGCACAUCACUGGAAUAUUGGACGGAUCGGCUCUGAUUGCCAGACAAGUGGGCAUACAGCAUUCACAUGUUUUGAUCCACUGCUCGGAUGGCUGGGACCGCACCAGCCAGCUGAGCGCCUUGUCACAGAUCAUGCUCGACCCCUACUACCGCACAAUCACUGGUUUUAUCGUGCUGAUUGAGAAGGACUGGCUGUCUUUUGGGCAUAUGUUUCAUCAACGAUCAGGGCCUCUGGGUCUGCUCGGGCAAUUUGUCUGUCUGGACGACGGAAUGGCUGGUACCAAAAUCGAGCCUGGUGACACUGAUGGGCGCACCGAGGUGUUGGAGAUGGCAUUAGAGAAUACCAAGGGCUUCUUCCGAAAGCACGGCUGGGGCUCGGACAAGGACAGGGAGGACUCGGACCCCGACAAUCUGGCUGCUGCUGCUGCCGCCGCUGCUGCCGCCAAUGAGCGGGCAUCAACACCAGCCAUAGAAGACCAAGCGACUCGAGAAAAGGAAAUCAGCCCUGUCUUCCACCAGUAUCUUGAUGCUGUGUACCAGCUGGUUCGACAAUUCCCCGACCGGUUUGAGUUCAACGAGCGUUUUCUUCGUCGUCUCUUCUACCACCUGCAUUCUUGUCAAUACGGCACGUUCCUGCUCAACAACGAGAAGCAGAGGAUCGACGCCAAACUCCAUGAGCGAACCUCGUCUGUCUGGGACUACUUCCUCAGCCGACGGGACAUAUUCACGAAUCCUAGUUACGAUCCUGUAGUUGACGACAACGUUAGGGGCAAGGAGCGACUGAUAUUCCCACGCCUUAACGAGGUGCGGUGGUGGUAUCAGCUCUUCAACAGGACUGACCAGGAGAUGAACGGCGCUUUGGAUGCGGCGGCGGCAACAACCGACAGGGUUGCAAAAGCAGUUCAAUCUGCCACAGCCAGCCCUCUGCCUGGUCACAGCGCCGCUAAUAGCGCUCCUGGAACCCCGCAGGCCCCCGGAAGUCCUCGUGCAAGCAGCUCCGCUGCAGGGUCCUUUGGCCAGACUGUGCUCGCUGGUGUGGAAGUCCCCCAUAUGCAACAGACGGGCCCGAAUAGCGGCGGUAUCCUUAGCAACCUCACCAAGGGUAUAACGGGUCUCGAGAUCGGCGGCUCUAGUGGACCGGGUAGUACACCCACCGCAGCAGGUGGCACCGCCUUGCCAUUAGAUGGGCAGGAGAUGACACAGAUGGGUUCGUCCGAGAAUGUAGCGCAGUAG